AUGAUAUUCCCGCAUAGUUAUUCGGGUUUCUGUAAGUUUUUCGUUUAUCGUUACAUUUGUACAGUCAGGUCUACAUCUUUAUACCCGUAUAUGUCCAAAAUUCUCCCUGUUUUGGGUUAUAAUUAACAACCGCUUCCUAUUCCCACCACCAACUACGUACGUCAGGGAAGGCCUUUCGAAGUAUAUGCGACUCGGACCAUACAUCUGUCUGCGAGUAGCUAUGUCUGGCCCAUGUGUGACAAUUUUCAAAUCAGUCUGGCACAGCACAUCUUUCAGUAAACUAUGUUGCGAGUUCAAUAUCAGGUUUCAGAUCACGAGGAACUAGUUUCUACGUCAGCUCGUUCUUUGUAAUCCUCCCUAUGACCGUACGGCAAAUGCAUGCCAAAUACCUGUGUCUGGACUUUGUUUCCGAUGCUUAGCUUGUGGGCGAGCAUGGCUUGUAUCGCGCUAUGUCCACCGCAUGUGCGGUCGUUUCCAGUUGGAGGUAGCUUAAAGAUUAGCAGAGGCUUAUUAGCCCGCUAACUACCAGGCUAGCGGACCCUCUCCUUGAGGAGCGUGAGUGCGAUCUAUCACAAAGCACGUUUUUUCGAUUGCUUUAAUCCUUUUGGAUGAUUUCAUAGAAUAUAUUCACCCGAUCCGCCGAGGUGUAAGGGCGAACAUGCGCCUCGCUUGGGAGGACCGACUUGAAAUACUCCAACCCUAGUCUAUCUUUCCCCUGUUGCUUGCAAUUUUGACAUCCUCCUCAGUUCUUUCUUGCGAAGCGGGUCCCAUGCUGCAAUUUUCUGAAGGAAGCUGCGAAAGUAGUUUUGUCUUCUCGACUUUUGGGGAAAUUUCGUUCUACUUCCUGUCGAGCUAUGAUAAUUAAGGCUGACUUUGCUUCGCUGCGCCUUGUAUUCACAGAAAUAGGAAGCCAUCUUUUUGGCGCAGUAUUUUCUUCACGGUUUUCGCUUUUGUUUGUUUUUCAUAGCUUAAUUUGAAGCAUUUUUUCCCCGGUAUGAAUUGAAAACAAGCAUGUACGGCAGAAUUUUGAUGCUUAUGUGGACGUCUUAUCUGAUUAUUGAUUGUUUUGAACUUUGACCUUGCUCUUAUGCACUGCCAUUCUGUACAAAUUCAUACUGCUGUGCGCUUUCAUUCGUUACCUAUGUUAUGCAGAGACGGGCUGCAGUUGAAAAGCCGUCACGAAAUUUAUUGGCCCCAAUAAAUUCUGCUGUGCAUGCUUGUUUUCAAUUUCAUAGUUUAGCUAGCCAACCGGGUCCCGGGUUUGCCUUACACCAGUUAGUGGACAGUACUUAUUAAGCCGCAGACUGAACCGCCCAAGAAUCUUGCACUUUAGUAUCUCAACGUCACAACGAGUACUUAUUGUCAUCGAGCGUCAAGCUCUGACGGCCUACGGCCUGUACAGUCGCAGGCCAAAGUAGUCGGCUUAGUCCCAAACGCUGGAAAGACCGGUUUUUUAGAGUUGUAUUCCUGGCUAGGAAAAGGCGCCCCUCAGGUUUCGUGAUUGUCAGCUUGGGCAAAUGUGCAGUAUCCUAUACCUUGAGUGAAGUACACAUUCCCUUGAACGAGGUAGUUCGCACUCACUGCAUCAACAUUGUGAAAAUAUCUCUGGCCAACCAGGAGGGACGACUGAGGUUGUCUGGACACGUUCGUUAUCGUCCAUUCCAUGAGAUUACUGUUGUUGUCCUCAAUCUGGAGCUGAUGCCCACCUUGAGACGUUGAAAAGACUAACAUAAAAUCCGACUCAACAUGUCAAGACGUGGAGGUGGUUCUUGGACUUUUGGUAUUCGGUCUCCGUCGUUACAGGCAAAAGUGGGUCCAGCUCUUCAAACGCGUUGAGACAGACUAUCGCGCAUGGAGAGGUCUAAUUUACGACAUCAUUAAAGCCGGCUACGUAGGGGAUGAUCACUGACGUAAUAAGUACACACACUUUCGGAGUCGGCAGAACAAAUUGCGGGCGAGUUGUAUGCGAUAGUCUGUGACAGUCAUGUUAUCCUGCUCACUGCCUACCAAUGCAAUAUCGAGAUACGUCGUUCGUUGUUAUUCUUUGACCACUAACUCUUUCUCCGAUUGCCUGUGUUACUAGUUACGAUAUUCUGUAUUGUUGAAGAUUUUUAUUUAAAAUGCCUUUAUGUUAGUCCGUUUUGGUCAGUGGAGCGAUGGAUUUUCCUUUUAAUCGGGGUUUUGACAGAUUUAAAUAAUUGGUUAGACCCAAUUGCGAAAAAGUCGUUGGCUUCGGCGUCACUCGAUUACACUUGAAUACAGCCAACGCUCUAAUCACCCGGGCUACGGGCUUAUCGGGGGUUCGGAUCCCACUCAGGCCGCCGAGUGUUUUUAUAAUUGCUUCAAGUAACUUUUUCAAAUCCGUCAAAAACCAAUUAAUUAAGUAAGCCUAGUAGUAAUCUGGUGGAGUCUAGAUUGAUUGCUUAGGAAAUCCUAUUUGGACAGUCAGCUUACUGUAUCAGAAUUGGUGGAUUCAAGACGUCUUGGCAGGCUGGGCGGGUACCUUGGCCAAAAUCUGAUGAAAGCCACGGCUCCCGGGAGGGCCCAUAGUUCAGGUGGCUAAAGCAUUUGCUGUACUCAGGCCAUAACCUUUCUGCCGUCGGUUCGAAUCUCCUUUACGCCGCAGAGUUUCUCGUAGUUGGGUCAAGUGAAGUUUCUUUUUAUCGACUUUUAUUGUAAAGUGCAAAUUAAUGAAAAGCAACAUAGGAUUGUGACAAAUGCGCAUGCGAAACACGUUUAUUCGGUCAUCAUGUGGCCUGGAGUUUUCGGAUGGCCCAACAUGAUCUAAAGAGGCAGUAGGCUAGCUUGAUACGUACAUCAGGAUACCAAUAGCAGUUAGGGCCGGUGGAAGAUUGCGUUGCUCGAAGCUUGAGGUUGUCGUGCGCUCUGUUGAAAUGGUGGCGGAUCACCGCAUUAAGGUCUUCGACUUUGAAAGGUAGUCUGGCACCUGCUCCUAUGUAGAAUGUGAAGAACAUCGUGGUGGGCGUUUAGGUUAAAGUUCUAGUGCUGUACACAGCAUAACGGAUUUCCGGCCGCGUAAUAUUGUGAUUCUUUACGCCCUCAGAACCCCCCUGCUAAAAACAGGACUGUAUACAUUGCAGCAGUUUGCCUGCUACUGCACUUCUUUCUUUAGGGCAGGCAAGGUGAUUACGCACAAGGCAAUUUUUCAGCAUCGAAUCGGAGCUUGCCUAAAAUUCUGGUUAGCCGAAGAUGAUAUACACUUGCGAUGUCAUUGUUUGUUCUGGCACGAUUUUAAGUCACCAUCUGAUAUCCGCAUUGGCUAGAACUAGUUGACAUGAAGCUAAGAGCAAUACCUUCAUUAUGGGGCAUGCCGGUUGCUCAGGUUGCUACAUUAACCACGAGGCCUUAUGGAAAGAUCGGCAUGUCGGUUUUGGCAGUUGUGUAGGCCCAGCUACGCGUCGACAGUUAUGAGGGAAAAGCCCAUAUUCCGGUUGAUUCUGGGCAAGGUCAUACUUGAUCUUCGGGUUGAUUUGCAAGUGUUUCCUUAAGGUAUCGAAGCUUCCCUUGUAACAACCCUUUUAUCCGCUUUGUCGGCGACCACCCGCAUCUCGUUUGCCGUAGAAUAACCACAUGAGCAGAAGGUCGUCGUCCAUCCUCAUGACUUGCCCGCUACAUCGCAGUUGUCUUCAUCAACAUGGUUUGGAUACCAAGGACACUGACUGUUCCCAGGAUCUCGGUGUCUGUCAUCUUUCUCAGUACUCUUCGGAGAUUAAAAUGCCUGACCUUCAUAAACAAUCCACAUCUCCGCCCCGUAGGAGAGCGUUGUCAGAACAACGGUCCUGUGCACGCCUAGUUUUGUGUUGAGUAGGAUGUCACGGCAGUUGCAGACAGAGCGCUUUUGCCGACUAAGGGUCCGACCGGCUUUGUUGAUCUGACAUGCGAUAUAGUUGUCGAUGUUGAUGUGUUUUGAAUUCGCACCCCCAAGGUACGCGCAGUUCGCUGCUGCUGCGGGAUUACUUCACAUGGCAUUGACAUUGUGCUCGGUGUAGUUAGCCUUUGGCGCUAGUAGGUGCUGGACCAAUGCCAUCUCCGUGCCGGCAGUCAAGCCGAAGUUGGCACAUUUGGAGGCAAAAAGGUCGACACCCCACUUUAUGUCCUCUUUUUUGCGUUGUUUUUAUCACAGUCAUUCGCGGAAAAUAGGUCAUGAACGGGCCUUGGAUACCUUUAAUGAUUCAGGCAACGAAUGUUGGAUAUUUUUUCGUUGGUUUGGUAGUUGAUGUAGACCUGCAUCCUCUGCCCACUGCAGGCGUCCAUCAGCAUGAUGAAGAACAUUAGGCUGAAUAGAGGGGAGGCGAGUAUAUCGCGUAAAUGCUUCAGAUAUUAUCCCGUUGUCCGUGCCCCUAGUUAUCAUCCUGUCGUGCAGUUCUUGCCAUUUAAGUGAGUCGCUCAUGAUCUCCAGGUUUCGGCAUGGUCUUCCAAGUCCACUGCUAUUUACUGCGUCAAAGGCUUUUGCCAGGUCGGCGAAGGUCCUCAUUUCCUGGAACUUCUCCUGCGGUUCGCGGGCCGCGAAUAUAAUGUCGCUGGUUUCGCGGUGUUCUCGGAAUCAGCACUGCGUUUUUGUGAGGAUCCCUUGUACCAGAUGUUCACUCAGACAAUUGAGUAGAACAGGAGCGAAAAAAAUUUCUGCGGAGUUGGGAGGGAAGAUGUCUCUGUGGGCAUCAAGCAGGUGCAGAUCCCAUUUAGGUUUGCAGAUUUGCAUGAUGGUGACAUCCUCGAGGUCUUGGGACAUGUGCCCUUAUCGCCCCAUCCAAUUAGUUGUAGGCAGUUAUGCUUGUGGGAUUCAACCCAAAUCGCGUCUGCUCCCGCUGCCUUUCCAGUGAGCAACUGUUUUACUGGUCUGAUUGUCUCAAAGAGAGAAGGCAAACGACCGAGGUUGUCGUUAGUGCCCUCCUAAGAGACUCGGCUGAUGGCCUCUUCGCAUCUUCUCGACGAGUGGUUGAGGGUUUCAUGGAAGUGCGCGUCCCAGCGCUCUAGGAUCUGUGGCAUCUACGUCAAAAGGACUGCUUCAUCUUGACUCAGCAGUGUCGCAGUCCUCUUGAAUUACGAGCCUAGACUGCUUUGAUGGCAGCGAAUAAAUUAUCCUUCUUACGACGACUGACCUUUUUUGAAUCUUCUCAGAUUUACUAAUCAGCCAGCCAUUCUGCAUCUUCCUUAGUCUCUGUUUUAGUAGGCGUCAGCAUCGAAAGCAUGCGAAUUUAUUGGCGUUGCUACUGUUCAUGGUGUAGGUUGUAUGUAGACUGUUUCCGGGUGAGGAGAUUGUGGAAUUCUUCUUCAUCAUUGUCGCCGUAUCAAUCCUGCUGCUGACGACUUGCGCGGCCGAGGCCUUCCAUCGCGGUGGCCUGGAUGAUUUUCCUCAGAUCCCUGCACUGGAUUUCAAUUGUAGUAUGUGUCUCCAGGGUUAUCAUCUCCCCCGGUUUGGAGUUCAUGAUGCUACCAAAAUUCAGUCGGCGUUCAACCAUUUCAAGUAAUACAGCAUUUGACUUAUCUGAUGUUACGUUACCUUGCAGCGGAAGCCUCAUCUUGUAGAUGACAAGGUAGUAACCCAUCCAGCAGUCGACACUGCACAUCGCCUUAGUCGCUAGUACGCCCCCCUGGCCACUUUUCCGUACGGUUUGGUAUCAGAUUGUCUAAAAGAUAAUGAACAUUCCAUGCUGCUGAGUAGGCAAUGUCACUCUGUCAGCCUGUAGACAGAGGCGGAAUAGGGACGGGAGUAAUUUUUGUAGUAUUCCGACCGAGUAUUUUACGUCCACAAGCUACGGUCAGAUUAUUGACGACGUGUUCUACCAGCUAUUGUUAAGUACCUUUUCUUGCCCCCCCCCUCUGGGGGUAAGCAGUGCUAUCUUUAAGUAGGAUUGCCUAGUCAUCCCAAGUGACUGCUGUAUUCCACUGGCACGAGUUCUGCAUAGUGGGAAGGCGACCGGAGUUAACUAGGGACACCCAUAGGUUUGCACGUCGCUCUUUCCGUGGGACACUUGUUUGAGAUGAGAAUGGAGUUUGGGGACUACCGGGUUCGAAGACACACGAGCUCUGUACACUCUCAUUUGGUCUACCUCGUAAAUCAAAGACGGUUGCCGGGUUGUGGCCGCAGUGCUGUGUACGGCGUCGUGGAGCCGCAAGUGAGAGCUGGGUGCGGAACGUUGCGAAGAUGUUGGCCAAGGUCCGUUCACGCGUUUGGCGGGGAUUACCAGUGUACUCUUGUAAGUGUUUGUUAUCACCCUAUUCGCGCCUGCACUACCAGGCUUAGUUGGCACCACAUGGUAAUUGCUGGCAUAGCGCGUACGGUUGGAUAUUUUUGUCAAUGUGAGGUUGUGCAGUGUUCACCCAACACAUCGGUGAAUCCGGCGUGACCAUAAAACAGCAUGGCUCCCGCCCACGACAUCUAGUACUUCCUACAAUACACAUUGCUAGUUAGAUUUAUUACAUAAUGUCGACAACAUGCGGCCUGCUCUUUUCACCGUCCGAUCUUCUGAUAACCUCGACCACAACCCCCCUCUGUCUUACAUUCAAGCGCGCGAAUACUGUGGUCAUUUAACCCUUGUCAUCUAGAGCGCGAAUAAUAUUUCGCUCGCCGAGCGUAACCAUUAGCAUUCCUGAAGUUGGGCUCCAUCCUGUUACUCCACUUGACGCCCGACUGCACGAGCACAUGUUUUCUUUCAACAAGUUCUUAUCUCCUCGGACUUAGUUCUAACCAAUCUCGGUUGGGUUUUCCCCCUUUUAGUGCUGAUAAUAGACCUAGUUUAGCAGCACGCGCACCCGGUGUAGUGGUACGCCAGUUUGUUACUGAUUCUGAAUAAUCUGAGUAUAUUACGGUGCUGGCGAGUCUCUUUUCUGUGAUGCAACAUACGGCACCUUGUGUGAGUUCAAUGGCUGACGAAGCGCGCAUAAAAAAACUCUCCAGUACGGUGAUGGUUGUCUCAGGUUUCGUAGCCAGAUAUGUUUGGUCGGUCAGGGCGGACGGGGAAACUUCGGAACUAGUGUAUGGCUUCUGCUACGUAACUUCAAAGUCUACUAGCAGAUCAAGAAGACGUUAGUCACCAUGGUCUGUGGGACUCUGUGCUUGGCAUGACAAAGUCUGAAAGCUCAGCGGCGAGUGUAAGAGGUUAUCGUCACCGGUCCUUCUAUAUGGACAUUUACACUUUUAUGAUAUGCAUCGCCUGACAGUUCUCGAAUGAUGGUGGUUAACCCUUAUUCAUCGAAUUUGUCGCGUCUCUAACGCACGGAGCAGCUACACCGAGACCAGUGCGAGCGAUUGUUACGCGAAAGAGUCACUAACGACUAUGCACAGGUGUUUGCUCUCAUGGCAUUCAUGGAAUGAAUCCAGUUUCACCACAUGCAAGCAAAACCGGCCCUUCUCUUGAACCUUGCCUUACAUUUGGAGAUUUUGGCGACUCCCGAGCUCUUUACGAACCACGUUUUGGAAGGCAUUUGAGUCGUUUCCGAAGUUACCCAGCACAGAUGAGCUGCGUUACCGCACGUCGUACUUUAUUGAUCUUCGAUGCUAUCUUUUUUCACAUGUUUAUGAGAGUGCGGAGGAUAUUUAUUAUCAGCAAGGAGGGACAACAGAGAAUGCGGUAGAUUGAUACAGUACUGUUUCGGGCUUAUUUUGCUUUUAUUCAGCCAAUCAUAACCCUAACCAGCAACUGGGAGCAGAAACACAAGCAUGCGCACAGACGCACCUGGCGCAGUUGGUCCACCAUUGAGGCCUACCAGAUUAGUCAUAAGCACUUAAUCGAACCGAAGUUCAUCAGUGCCUCGCCACCUGUCAUUCUCUGCCGCCGCAGAUCGGGUAUUUAUUCAAUCAAGAAUGGGCGCACACCGAUCUAUUGGCUUCACGAAGUAAACAAGCUCCGUAUGGGUAGCAAAAGUCACGAACAGGCAACCAAUUACCAGGCCGAAGUCGGCCAAGUCAUAAUAGCAGCAAGGAGGGUGGCGAGGCAUUGAUGAACUUCGGUUCGAUGAAGUGCUUAGGACUAAUCUGGUAGGCCCCAGUGGUGGACCAAAUGUGCCAGGUGCGUCUGUGCGCAUGUUUGUGUUUCUGCUCCCAGCUGCUGGCCAGGGUUAUGAUUGGCUGAAUGAGGGCAAAAUAAGCCCGAAACAGUACUGUGUCAAUCUACCCGCAUUCUCUGUCGUCCCUCCUUGCUACUAUUAUGACUUGGCCGACUUCGGCCUGGUAAUUGGUUGCCUGUUCGUGACCUUUGCCGCCCAUACAGAGUUUUUUGCUUCGUGAAGCAAAUAGAUCGGUGUGCGCCCACUCCUGAUUGAAUGUUUAUUAUGGACAAAAAUGUAUCGCCUUUGAUUCACUGUCUUAUAUGCGGUGGUCUCAUUUAGAAGCUACUGGAGUUCACAGCACGAUUUGCUAUUCAUUUCAAAACCCUCUAAUGUUCAUUGCCUGGCCAAAAUAUGUGCAUAGCAACAGGCAUUGGUAACUUUCCCCAUACUCUGUACGAGUCGUUGCUAACUAAGGUGCAAAAGACCUUUCCUGACAUGCAUCUCAUCACUGACGUCAGCCACAACAUUUUACAAGCUUAAGGUCUUCUGUAGGAAGUUUGGUAGGGAGCUUCAACACGCGGUCGGAAGAAGUUACAAUUCCCUCACUGAACCCAUUUUAUUAAAACAUGGAGCGAGGGGCCUGCCGCAACUUCGGUUUCUCGUUUUGGCCAGUGCUUCAAUAUCGGGUUUUUCAGUCUCGGUUUUUCUACUGAGCGACCUGUUUGCCUUUUCCAUCCCAGGCCUCCAUUUAAGUGCAGGUCGUCUCCAGGCUGUUUUUCACAAGCCGUCCAAACUUUGUCGGGGUUCAUCUUGGCAAAACAUAGAAGUUUCCGUUUUAUGUUUUAGACAAGACGACGAUCUCAAAAUGCUGCCUUGCCCUUACACUGCUGCUCUCCUUUCUCCUUCAAAUGCCGUUUUCCAAUUACGGAAACAUAUUCAUCAACGAUCUGGACCAGAUACUUCACAAUGGUGCUGUAAGUUCUCCCCUCCUGUCGUUUUACACAAGUUUCCGCCGUGCAGAUCUGGAGGUCGCUGACCAGCAAACUGGCUUUCCUUGAAACUACAGACCUGGUUCUUGGCUGCCUGUUGAUCUACUACCUUCGCAUUUUCGAACGACGUUAUGGUGCGCGCAAAUAUGUGGUAAACCUCGUGUAAUGACUUUAAUCAAACCGUUCACUUUCCUUGAAGUCGACUAUCAUCGUGUUCGGAAUUUCGACCACAGUCCUGGAAUUAACCCUUGCUGUCCUGCUUCGUCUUUUGCACCUCGAAAUUCGUUAUCUGCCCUCUGGACCGUAAGCCCUACCCCUGUAGAAUUUACAGCGCAACAGUUUUUUUCUCAUCUAUCCAUUCUUUCCAGCCUAUUACUUUGACAUUCCGCGAGUUCCAUUGGCAUCAAUUUUUGGCAUUCCACUGACUGGAAAAACAUUCCUGUACCUCUUCGGAUUUCAGGUAUGUUUUUCGAUUCUAUCCUUCUUGGAGACCAACAAACGCCUUUCCAAAUUCAGCUGGCCACCUCAUCAGUCGAAUCUCUGUUAGUCUGCGCCUGCGGUCUGGUAGGGCUGCCUAUUACCUGGUCAUGCUGUUGCAGCUAGUUGGUUUAGCCUAUCAGUACAACUUAUUUGGCCUUCAGAAGAGGCUCUUUGUUCCAAAGAGGACAGUGGAGGUGGUCUCUAACGGCCUCGGGCCCUGGCUCCGAAGCACUCCACCCUCAACCUUAAAGAGACCGCUAGGUGCGACCCUCGAGCUCCAGUACCAAGAAGAACUAGAUAGGCAGGAACAGAGCUGGAUGGAAGCCCGGAGAGUUACCAUGAACGCAGAUGGGGUAAGUUUACCAGGUUAGCGACGCAGAGCGGUUCUUCCUUGGCUAUGGUUUUGUAGUUUGCGUCGGCCCGGCGAAUCCACUUCUGGACAUCUUCGUGGACUCUUUAUUGAUAAUUCCCUCUGUCCAUUUUAACCACCGCACGGUGCUGCCGAUCGCACUAGUAAGUAUCUGCCUGAAACGUGGUACCCCUGUCUAGACCAUCGAAGGCGACGGUUUUUCCUACCUUCCACACUGGAACAGAGACGACGACGACGACGACGACGACGACCGGAAGGAGACCUGUUCCCAAAUGCCACGUUCAAUAGAUUAGCGCUGUGAACAUCCAGGUGUCUGCUAUCGGCGUUACAAAUGGUUUUGCAGUUUCGUUUGCCAGAGCCGUGGCGACAUGCUUUGUUGCGGUCAUACUUCCAGAACGGUGCAGUGCGCAGGCGCACCGCUACGUCGUCGGGCUCUGUCCACUUAGGCGACAGGGGGAAUCCAUAGAGGUGGCGUUAUUAGUGCCACUCGAUACCGCCCGUUUGUCCGCACGUUGUGCUGUCGAUGCACAAAUGGAAUUGUGGGAAGGUCACGCGACUGGCUUCGUGUUCUGAACUUCCUUUAUCCCACCGACCUCGCUAUCAGUUCCGCCCAGAAAGUUAAGGCAUGUCUCGACCUCCGAGUGUCGUCACCAGAAGAGAGACUUUCACUUUUCCUAGUGCUCGGCGACGUGAGCGCGGUUAGGCAUCGGUCUAGAAGCUACGCUCACGUCUAGAACUUAUGGAAGUGGGAUGAAGACUUCCUGCCCCUUCGUCGAGGCCUCCUUUAAUAUGCUGUCCAUUGCCAUGUAUCUUUGACCCUGUUUAUUGCAUAGCUGUAUCAUCAGAAACUGCAAACUUUUGGGUGCUUGCCACUGUGUCGUCCUGACCAUUCUCUUUUUCUGCGGGUGGCAAUGGGAUACGUGAAUACAGCAGUGAGUGCAUGGGUGACCAUGGGUUCAGUUCAUGUCGCGACAAGUGCAUGAUUACUGUUCCGUUCAUGUAGACGGUAAGUCUCAAGUUUGUGCAUUUGGAGGUGGGGAGGUCCAGACUCCAGUGCACGUUCGCAGCAGUCGUGUCAUCAAAUUCGCGGUCGUCGACGAGCAGAAAAUUUUGCAUCUGAUCCGUACAUAUUUUCAUCCCUCGGAUGAUUACGGGCUUUGCAAAGGCGCUAUGCAUAUCCUCACGUGCCAUGUUUGUUAAAGCGUCUAGGUCCGUCGUUGUUGAAGCGCAGGCUCUAAUUUGGGUGGCGAAUCGUUUACUGCAAACUAUCACGUGAGUGGGCGAUAGACUUCUUUAUCGCGUCAUUUCUGAUGGUAAAGUCGUCUGCAACAUCGCGUCUUCGCUGCGACGGUCUUGCUACCUUAACAGUCCUUACUCGCACAUGCAUGUCUCCUGAUGGUAUCCAUUUUGUAUCUGUUGAACUCGCGGGCGAGCAGAGCAGUUCUAUUUUCUCGCCAGUUGACUAUUAGGUUUUUUAAAGGAAAAUUGCCAUUCCAGGCCGUCAGAGGGAAUGAGGAGAACCGAGGGACUAAUGUUAGAAGUGAAUGAACAGUAAAGAGGACGUACGUUCGAAGCGGAUUUUUGUACGAAAGAUCGGAGUAGGAUCGACCUCACACCUCCCAACCCCAUUGUGAUCUGACGACGUGACCAAGAUAAUGCGACUCGCAAGUAGAUGAAGCGUCAAUAGUCACUCCGGUGUAUAGGCCCAAUCUUCUCAUGCAACUGCACACCUUGUUCUUCGUCGUCGACCAAACUGCACUAGAGGUACAAUUUUACCGGAUGGGAAGGCACGCCGACCACCGACCCGCCAGCCGAAGCGAAUAUCAGUGUAUGUGACCACUGCGUUGAGUGCAUCUUCGUGAAGCCAUAUAGCUUAGUUGGGUGCUAGGUGGCGUCGAAGUGGAGUGACCACCUUGUACGGCUAGUCUCGGCACAACUGUCAAUUCGUCAAUGUAAGCAUGUCCUUUUAUGGUUGCCGCCAGGUGAACUCACUGCCGCCCCUUGUAUGGGAGGAGAGGUUGACUGAGGGUCUGGAAGUAGGGAUUGUCGGCAGCCAACCACCUUUUCUAUAAUCGAAUGCUGCUCACAAACAUGUCUUUUUCUUGUGCCCUGUGAAGCACAGUGCAGGUCAAGUGGGGAAGUGUAUGGAGGAUCUGCAGCUGCAGGCUGCAGCAUUGGGGCGCACGAACAAGUUCUGCCUAUAUUUUGAGCGUGCGUGCGUGUGUGACGACAGACCACUCCUGCAGUAAUGGAUCCUGUGGGUCGAGGUGCAACACUGAACGACGUUCUUGGGGCUUAUUGCCGGCUCAACUGGACUGCAUUUAUUGGAAAACAAUUGUUCUUUUACCCUAUCAACGUCCUUUUUGUGCUGCCCUUAUGAACCUUAGAUUGGAGAUGGAUGGCCUUUUGGUGGGAUCAGACGCCGAAUACCCGUGUACACCCCGUCGGAGGAAGAGGCAAGUUUCUUUUUAUUGGCGAAUUAUUUCCACUACUCGUUGUUUAUUGACACUAACAAAAUUUGCCGGGAGUGAUACGAGACCUUUGGUGGAGUCAUUCCUCUUUAUACGGGUUGCCGUUAACCCGGACCUUUGCCGUCAACCUUCCCAUGAAAUCACCCAGUCGUAGGCCGUUACUCAUUUGUACCAUCUUCUAACUGGCAACUUCAGGUUCAGGCAAGUAUAUACAAAAGUCCUUUAAGAUGAGGUCCUCCCCUUUUUCUCUUAUUAAAGCGACAUGGUUUGUUACUUACUUCCGUCCUCCGGGUCAUAUUUCACUGGCCUGCGUUCAGCCUUUCGAACUUGUUAAAGUUGUCCCUUUUUCACAAUUUUUUUUAGAUCCAACGCCUUGUUGAGAUGGGAUUUCGGCGCGACCUCUCAAGGCGUGCACUCCAACAGACCGGCGGGGAUGUAUCAGAAGCAGUAGCUGUCAUCCAGGAACUCAUGCAUUAG